GCAACGAACAUCGUUGCUCACCAACGACUAGAAUACAGCAUCACUUGAUACGACGUCGGGAGGGCCAUAUAUACCACAAGAUGGAUUCCCAGGCACCCUUCACCACUUUCCGUGACCUAGCCUCCAACGUGACCAUCAUGGACCGCGAGGCUGCCUGCUGGAGGCGACAAGACUGCUAUUCCUGCACACACGACAAGCACGGCUGUGGCUGGUGUCCAUUCUCCUCGACUUGUGUACCUGCUUCAGCCCUCACAGACCCAGUCAACAACAAGAACAUAUGUCCACUUGCUUCCGAGAGAUGGGAACUCAGAACCAAAGCUCUCGGAUGUGGAUGCUCGACUACAACACUCCUUAGUAUCAUCGUAACCGUCUUCGCAACUGUAACUGGACUGCUACUUUUGGCUGCUUUGAUAUGGAUUUUGAAGAAUCUCAACCCUUUCUUUGGCUCCGGAGUGGUUGCUGGUACCGAGCUUGAGGUCAAGGAAGAUGGUACUCGUGAGGAACAUGAGUGGCAUAGGCCUGGACUGGGCAGCAGACUACGCGCUUGGUUGAAAUCUGAGCCUGAUCUCUCGAAGCAAAGUGAACAAGAAGCUAUCACAGAGCGAUCGAGACUUCUGGGAUGAUUGAAGGAUGUCUUAUGAGGCACGGCGGAAUGAAUUAAUGACUUUGAAGAAUCAGGUACAGCAACCUUGUCCGCAUAUAGGCUCUGCUUGAGGGACUGUCUACAGCGCAACACCACAGUUGAGACGACAUGACACAGUGUGAGAUACAACAGACAGAAAACGAACAAUCAGUGACAGGCAAUUUUCCUUU